AUGAUCAUGGAGAGGAAGGGAUUUGAGUUCAAGUUUGGGUAUAGUAUGAGAUCCAGGUCACAGUCACACAGUGAGGUCAUUGCCCAGGAUAGUUUGUUGGGGCUUGAUGGGUUGAAGCAGAGUUGUUGGGCUAACAUGCCCCCUGAGCUUUUGAGGGAUGUUCUUAUGAGGAUUGAGGCCUCUGAGGAUUCCUGGCCUGCCCGGGAACACGUCGUUGCCUGCGCCGGAGUUUGCCGCAGUUGGAGAGAAAUCAUGAAGGAAAUUGUCAAAUCCCCUCAAGUAUCCGGCAAGUUGACAUUCCCAAUCUCCUUGAAGCAGCCUGGUCCUAGGGACUCUCUUGUUCAGUGCUAUAUUAAAAGAAAUCACAGUAAUAAAACAUAUUAUCUGUUUCUUGGUUUAAACCAAGCCUCAACUGAGGAUGGCAAGUUCCUUCUUUCUGCACGCAAGUGUCGACGAGCAACUCACACUGACUACAUCAUUUCCCUUAACUGUGAUGAUGUAUCAAGAGGGAGUAAUACUUAUAUUGGGAAGUUGAGAUCGAACUUUUUGGGCACCAAAUUCACUGUGUAUGAUGCUCACCCUCCAAUUUAUGGAGCCAAAGUUACAAAGUCUCGUUCCACCAGGCUAGUUAGUCUCAAGCAAGUUUCUCCUAGGAUUCCUGCUGGCAAUUAUCCCAUUGCUCAUGUCUCGUAUGAUCUGAAUGUUUUGGGCUCUAGAGGCCCUAGAAUAAUGCACUGUGUUAUGGAUGCCAUCCCUGCCUCAGCUGUUGAACCUGGAGGUGUGGCCCCAACACAGACUCAAUUUCUUCAUAGCAGAAUUGAUACUUCUCCAUCCAUCCCUUUCUUCAGAUCAAAAUCAACCCGCAUGGACAAUCUCCCAUCUUUACCUUUGACUUGUCAAAAUGAGGGGAUGCUGGUACUGCAAAACAAGUCCCCAAGGUGGCAUGAACAACUUCAAUGCUGGUGUCUGAACUUCAACGGGCGAGUGACAGUUGCUUCAGUUAAAAAUUUCCAGCUGGUUGCUUCUCCAAAAAAUGGAGUUUCUGAGCAGGCUCAGGAAAAUGUUAUUCUACAGUUCGGAAAAGUUGGAAAGGAUGUAUUCACCAUGGAUUAUCAGUAUCCAAUCUCGGCCUUUGAAGCAUUUGCAAUAUGCCUUAGCAGCUUUGACACCAAGAUUGCUUGUGAAUGA